UUUUUUUUUUAAUCAAUUUUCACUUUCAGAUUUUCUUUCUUGGAAUUAUCCUGCUUCCAAUCCGUGUCUUACUGGUUGCAUUAAUUAUAUUACUGGCAUGGCCAUUUGCUGCAAUUUCAACAGCAUGCUGUCCUGAAAAGCUGACCCAUCCAAUAACUGGUUGGAGGAGGAAAAUUACUCAACCAGUUUUGAAGUUUCUGGGUCAUGCCAUGUUCUUAUCCAUGGGAUUCAUGGUUACCGUGAAAGGAAAGGUGGCAAGUCCUGCGGAGGCACCAAUUUUUGUCGCUGCCCCUCAUUCAACAUUCUUUGAUGGAAUUGCCUGUGUCGUAGCUGGGUUACCUUCCAUGGUGUCUCGGAACGAGAACGCACAGGUCCCUCUGAUUGGCAGACUUUUACGAGCUGUGCAGCCAGUGCUGGUGUCCCGUGUAGAUCCGGAUUCUCGAAAAAACACAAUAAAUGAAAUAAUAAGGCGAGCAACAUCAGGAGGACAGUGGCCGCAGAUACUAGUUUUCCCAGAAGGUACUUGUACUAAUCGUUCCUGUUUGAUUACUUUUAAACCAGGGGCCUUCAUUCCAGGGGUUCCCGUGCAGCCGAUCCUCCUUAGGUACCCGAACAAGCUGGAUACCGUGACGUGGACAUGGCAAGGAUAUACAUUCAUUCAGCUCUGUAUGCUCACUUUCUGCCAGCUCUUCACAAAGGUGGAAGUUGAGUUUAUGCCUGUUCAAGUACCAAAUGAUGAAGAAAAAAACGAUCCCAUCCUUUUUGCCUGUAGAGUCCGGAGUCUAAUGGCAGAAGCUUUGGGAAUUCCAGUAACAGACCACACCUAUGAAGACUGCAGAUUAAUGAUCUCAGCAGGACAGCUAACAUUGCCCAUGGAAGCUGGGCUGGUGGAAUUUACCAAAAUUAGCCGGAAAUUAAAGUUAGAUUGGGAUAGCAUUCGUAAGCAGUUGGACGAGUACGCAACCAUUGCCUGUUGUUCCAAAGGAGGAAGAAUCGGAAUUGACGAAUUUGCAGAGUAUUUAAAGUUGCCUGUUUCAGAUGUCCUGAGACAACUCUUCGCACUCUUUGACAGGAACCAUGAUGGCAGCAUUGACUUCCGAGAGUAUGUGAUUGGCCUGGCUGUCCUGUGUAACCCUGCCAACACGGAGGACAUCAUCCAAAUGGCAUUUAAGAGGAAUUUAAAAGUUUUGCCCUAAAGCAUCCACAAUAUGCGAAGAUAUUUACAACCUACUUAGACCUCCAGACGUGCCAUGUGUUUUCAUUACCAAAAGAAGCCCAGGCAGCUCCCUUGAUCGCCAGCAAUAAAGUCAGUC